CUUCCAGCGGACAGCCAACCUUUCAGGGUGCUGAUCCUCUGUUGGACACGUACCUCAGUGUGCUGUGUUAAAGUCUACCUGCGUGUCCGAUGUGACAAUAUUUCAGUUAUUUUGUAACGUUUUCUAACGUUAUAGCAGACUGGUUUCAUAUCUUGCAACAUGGAGCCAAAGGCGAGUGACGCGACCGCAGGUGCUCCAUAUGUCGAACCAUCUAAAGCAAAGAGAAGGAACAGUAAGGAGCUCAAACAGGCAUCUGUGGCCCCAUCCCAGCAGAUCAGCACCAUGAAGCGUCUCUUCGGCUUUGAGAAGGAAGAUGUCUCAUCAUGGCAUCGGUUUGUGUGUCUUCUCAAUCGCCCCACUGAUCCGGCCUCACUGGGCAUUUUCCGUUUCUUAUUUGGUAUGCUGAUGGCUCUGGACAUUACCCAGGAGCGAGGACUGAGUCAUCUGGACUACAAGUAUUUGGACGGGGCACCAGUAUGCCGCUUCCCCCUCUUUAACUUCCUGAAGCCGCUUCCCAUGGACUGGAUGUUCUUUGUGUAUUUCGUGAUGUUCCUUGGUGCUGUUGGUAUCAUGCUUGGCUGUUUUUAUCGCUUUGCCUGUCUGAUGUUUAUAUCCACGUACUGGUACGUUUUCUUCCUGGACAAAACAACCUGGAACAAUCACUCCUAUCUAUAUGGACUCAUCGGCUUCCAGCUCACGCUCAUGGAUGCUAACAGAUACUGGUCAGUAGAUGGACUCAGAAACCCGAGGAAGAGAAACGCUCAUGUGCCUCUGUGGAACUACACUUUGCUGAGAACUCAGAUUUUCAUAGUGUACUUUAUCGCUGGGGUUAAGAAACUGGAUGCUGAUUGGGUGGAAGGAUACUCAAUGAAAUACUUGGCACACCAUUGGUUAUUUGACCCUUUUAAAGUGAUCUUGCCUGUUGAAGUAGUCAGUCUGAUGGUGGUCCAUGGUGGAGGUCUGAUCUUAGACCUCACAGCUGGCUAUCUGCUUUUCUUUGAUGUCACACGUCCCGUCGCCAUCUUUUUUGUCUCCUAUUUCCACUGCAUGAAUUCUCAGCUCUUUAGCAUAGGAAUGUUUUCUUAUACCAUGUUGUCCACAAGCCCUAUCUUCUGCUACCCUGACUGGCCCAGACGUUUUUUCGGCCAUUUCCCAGAGUUCCUCCAACCUGUUCUGCCCUUCAUUUCUCCGACCCCGAUUCCCAGUUCAUCCUGCGUUUACCCAAAAUUACCCAGUGGCUCUGGAGGACAAGAGGAGGCCCACGCUGACCUCAAGCCCACCACACCACGCUUUAAACACAAAUUCAGAGCCUUCUUCGUCAUCCUGUACAUCCUUGAGCAAUUCUUCCUGCCAUACUCUCACUUCAUCACACAGGGUUAUAACAACUGGACAAAUGGAUUGUAUGGCUACUCGUGGGACAUGAUGGUUCACUCACGCUCACAUCAGCAUGUCAAAAUCACCUACAGAGACGGAGUAACAGGGGAGGUUGGAUAUCUAAACCCAGGAGUUUUCACUCAGAGCCGAAGAUGGAAAGAUCACGGAGACAUGUUGAAGCAGUACGCUACCUGCCUCAGCGAAAAUCUGCCACGCUUCAACAUCUCAGAUCCAGAGAUCUACUUUGACAUUUGGGUUUCCAUCAAUGACCGCUUCCAGCAGAGGAUAUUUGACCCACGUGUUGACAUUGUAAAAGCCGAUUGGUCACCAUUCAGACCCAAUCCAUGGCUUAUGCCACUGCUAGUUGACCUCUCACCAUGGAGGACUAAAUUUGAGGAGAUUGAAGGUUCUUUAGACAACCAGACUGAAGUGGUGUUCAUCGCAGACUUUCCAGGUCUGUUCCUGGAAAACUUUGUGAGUGAAGAUCUCGGGAACACGAGCGUUCAGGUCCUAGAGGGUAAAGUGAAUGUAGAAAUAGUGGAUGAGAAAAAGAACUACAGUUUACAACCUGGAGAAAAGAUGCAGAUUCCAGCUGGUGAAUACCAUAAGGUGUACACUGUGUCUGAAGGACCAUCAUGUUACAUGUACAUCUAUGUAAACACUACUGAGGCGGAGCUUCAAAAGAACUUCACCAAGCUUUCUGAACUUCAGGAGAAAGUGCGCAAUGGAACAGAAACGGAGCCUUUGCCUCCUGAGCUGCAGCCCCUCAUCACUGGACUCGAUGACCAGGACUCAGAAAACACUGUGAUCGACCCAGUAGUGCGGAUCUUCUUAAAGAGACAGAAACGCAUGCAGGAGGUCAGGAAGAGACGAGAAUCUUCAAUGCUCGAACGCUUCCAGAGAUUCGCCUCAAAGAAAUACUACUCCAUUAGACGAGGGUUUUUGAUGACAGCCAUUGCUUUGCGUAAUCUGGCUGUUGGUUUGCCGCCGAUUGAGCAACUGACCAGAGAAGUGGCCUACGCCAACCUGAAGGAGCCAGAGACUGAGAGGAGUCAGGAUGAGCAUCUGAAAGACGAGGUGGGCCACGGAGAGCUGUGAUAAAACACACUGUUAAUGAGCUGCUGGUGGUCCUGGAGCAAACCAGCAAAUGCUUAAGUAUGUCAGUAUUUUGGAGCAUUCCAUGAUUUUGCGAAAAAUCAGUUUGUUGUUUACAAAUAAUACCCUUAUUUUUUUUAAAGCAAACAAAAAAAAUCAUCUACACUCUCAUGUUGUUCCAAGAUUUUUAAAUAAAUCCGAAAUUGUGUCCAGUUCUAAACAUGUAACUUUUUAUUUCGCU